UCCUCCUCCUCCUCUCCGCGGCCAGGUUUUCCAGCCAGCACAGCAGGAGCAGCCGCCGCCGCCGCCCCUGCCUCGCAGUGCCAAGGCUGGGCUAAAGGAUCUGGGCGUUGCGUGCUCUCCAGCCAGCGGGGAGCCGAGCGGUCUCGCCAUGACGGCGUCCAUGAGGCAGCGGUUUGAUAAGUUUCUCCACGAGAAGAACUGCAUGACCAGCCUGCUGGAGAAAAUCGAGACCAAGACGGGGGUGAACCGAUCCUACAUCGCCAUCGCUAUCAUUGGCGUGCUGGCCGUGUACCUGGUGAUCGGCUAUGGAGCAUCUCUACUGUGCAACCUGAUCGGAUUCGCUUAUCCUGCCUACAUCUCAAUCAAGGCUAUUGAAAGCCCCAACAAAGAUGAUGACACACAGUGGCUGACCUACUGGGUUGUGUAUGGCAUCUUCAGCAUAGCAGAAUUCUUCUCUGAUAUCUUUCUGUCCUGGUUCCCUUUCUACUACAUGCUGAAGUGUGGCUUUCUCCUGUGGUGCAUGGCUCCAAGCCCUUCCAAUGGAGCAGAGCUUCUGUACCACCGAAUUAUCCGCCCUUUGUUCUUGAAGCACGAGGCUCAGUUGGACAGUGUUGUGAAGGAUCUGAAAGACAAAGCUGCAGAGACUGCAGAUGUCAUUACUAAAGAAGCCAAGAAAGCUACAGUGAACUUACUGGGUGAUGAGAAGAAGGGCAUUUAAAUUGUUAGCAGGAUGAAGAAAGUUCUCCCACCCCCCCCCCCACCUCCUUUAUACAGCUCAAUGUUACUGGAGACUGUGGUAUAAUAAUUUUAAUAAUGUUGCCUUGGAAACGUUUUUGAUAUAUUAAAGGAACAUGUUGUAAGUUUGCUUACUUUUAUGUUGUCUGUAUAGAAAGUAAGCACUUCUAUUUAAAUGCAGUGCAAUGGGCAGCAGCUAAAGCUUAUUGAAAACUUAUCUUAUUCAUCUCCAUGCAGGGGAAAGACCUUUCAGUAGUGUCUCAUCUUGCCGUGAACACAAACUUAAAUAAAAUUAUAUCUAUAUCCCACAGGC